AUGUCGGAGCUCAGCACGAUCUUCCACGGAGUGCUGCUGUUCAUCGCGUUCGCGGUGUAUCUGCAAUGGCUGAUGAAGCGAUGGCAGCUGAGUCAAAUCUUCGACAAAAUACCAGGCCCUAAGGCGUACCCGAUCGUCGGAACGAUGUACACGUUCUUCGGGAAGAAACCUCACGAGAUAUUCUACGUGCUGGACAAGCGCACACGGGCCUAUCCGGACAUCCAUCGCGUGUGGACAGGCAUGACGCCGGAGGUGCGCAUCAGCCGCCCAGAGUACGUCGAGCAGGUGAUCGGUUCCAGCAAGCACAUCGAGAAGGCCACCAUGUAUCGCUUUCUGCAUGCUUGGCUCGGUGCCGGUCUACUCACCUCCAAAGGUGAGCGUUGGUUCCAGCACCGCAAGCUCAUCACACCGACGUUCCACUUUAACAUCCUCGAGGGGUUCUGUGACGUGUUCGCGGAAAAUGGCACCGAGCUGGUUGGGCACCUGGAACCCUACGCCGACACGGGCAAACCCGUCAACGUGUACCCGUUCAUCGCGAAAGCCGCUCUGGACAUCAUUUGUGAAACCGCCAUGGGCGUGAAGGUGAAUGCCCAGAGUGAGGGUGAAGAGAACGACUACGUUAAGGCGGUGUACGAGCUCAGUCGGUUGUUUCUGGAGCGCUUGGUACGGUUUUGGUUACACGUGGACUUCAUUUGGCACCGGUCCGAGUUUGCCAAACAGCACCGGGCGGCUUUGCAGACGGUUCAUGGUUACACGCGAGAGGUCAUCCGGGACCGGAAGGCAACGCUCGACUCGAAGCAGACGAAUGCCACCACACCAUCGUCGGUUGACGAUGGAAACGAGCUGGUUGGCGCUCGGAAGCGGUUAGCAUUUCUCGACCUACUGCUCGAGGGCCAACGGGCCAACCAGCUGCUAUCGGACGAGGACGUCCGUGAGGAGGUCGACACGUUCAUGUUCGAGGGACACGACACGACGACAGCUGGCAUCAGUUGGGUGCUGUUUCUGCUCGCGCUUCACCCGGACGUGCAGGAGCGCGUGUACGAGGAGAUCGAGUCGGUGUUCCCGGCCGGUGACGAUCGACCAGCGACGCUGCAGGACCUCAACGAGCUGCGGCUGCUCGAGCGCUGCAUCAAGGAGUCCCUUCGGCUUUAUCCGUCCGUGUCGUUCUUCGGGCGAACGCUCAGCGAGGACAUCGAGCUGGCCGGGUACCACGUGCCGGCCGGUACGAUUGUGGGAAUUCACGCGUACCACGUGCACCGGGACGAGAGGUUCUUUCCCGAUGCGGAACGCUUCGAUCCGGAUCGGUUCCUACCGGAGCACACCGAAGGACGACAUCCGUACGCGUACAUUCCGUUCAGUGCCGGUCCGCGGAACUGCAUUGGGCAGAAGUUUGCGCUGCUCGAGGAGAAGAGCGUUGUGUCGGCGAUUUUGCGCCGGUUCCGGUUGAGAUCGGCUAGGACGCGCGAGGAACAAACCAUCAUGCACGAGCUGAUCACCCGCCCGAAGGAUGGCAUCGAGCUGUAUCUCGAGUCGCGACAAACGAGUUCGUGAGCGUGCUAACGUGGAAGGCAUUGCCUCAGCCCGGCAUG